AUGCGUAUCCUUGGCUGUAUGAGCAACACCGGCGCCCUCGGCGAAGAAGAACGGGAACAACGCAAGGUCAACAAGCAGAUCGAUGAACAACUCCAAAAAGAAAAACAAGUCCUUCGAGCAACCCAUCGACUGCUGCUUCUCGGUGCUGGUGAAUCCGGCAAGUCCACCAUUGUGAAACAAAUGAGGAUCUUGCAUAUCAACGGAUUCAACGAAAAAGAAAAACGAGAAAAAAUUCAGGACAUCCGAAGGAAUGUCAGAGAUUCCAUCACGGUAAUUUUUGCGGCAAUACAUAGUCAAUAACGUGUUUUGAAAAACGUAAUCAAGAUGAUUGUAGGUGAUUGUAAAAUCAAUGUCCGAGAUCGAUCCCCCAGUCCAGCUAGAUAACCCCGAAAACGAAGCCAGCAAACGUUACAUUCUCGAUGAGGCCAACGAGCCCGACUUUGAAUAUCCUCAGGUAAUUUCAAAUCCAUAAUUGUCAUCUUAAUUACGCAACAUUUUUUCAGGUUUUUUACGACCACGCUAAGAAUCUUUGGGCGGACAAGGGAGUCCAGGCGUGUUUUGAACGCAGUAGUGAGUACCAGUUGAUCGACUGCGCCAAGUAUUUCCUCGACCGAAUCGACGAGGUCCGGAAUCCCGAAUACAAUCCUUCAGAACAAGAUAUCUUGCGUUGUCGUGUCAUGACUACGGGUAUUUUCGAAACAAAAUUUGAAGUGGAAAAAGUUCGGUUUCAGUAGGUUUUUAUGUCGAUUUUAAACAACAUUUCGAAUCUGUUUUCUUUUUCGUACUUUUCAUCAAUUUUCCUGAAAUUUUUUAGUAUGUUUGACGUCGGUGGACAGCGGGAUGAGCGACGAAAAUGGAUUCAAUGUUUCAACGACGUAACGGCCAUCAUCUUCGUAUGCGCUUCUUCAUCGUAUAACCUUGUUUUAUGGGAAGAUAACACCCAGAAUCGACUAAAGGAGAGUCUGGCGUUGUUCAGGAACAUCUGGAACAACCGAUGGCUGAAAACGAUAUCCGUCAUCCUCUUCCUCAACAAACAGGAUCUGCUGGCCGAAAAAAUCAAGACCGGUCGUUACAAGCUCGAGAAUUAUUUUCCGGAAUUUGCGAACUACCAGCUUCCGAACGACGCCGUUUUCACGCCUUCAGACGACUCCCAGGUGGUCAGAGCCAAAUAUUUUAUUCGGGGCGAAUUCCUGGUGAGUCUUUUUUACUUUUUUCUUUUUUUGGCCGGAGGGCUUAGCAUGUUCGAACUGGCUAAAAAUAGAAAUGGCGGUCUAUUUUUAGAAGUAAUUUUUUGGAAGCGGGGCUUUCUUUCCCUGCACGGCACAUUCCCCUUCUCGUUGAAAUUGUUUUUACCUUUUUCCUUUCUCUGGCACCCUCUCCCUUUCACACACUCUCCCAUUAAAUUCUGUUUACAAUUUAAAUAAUUUAAAUGAGUUUGGCGGCCAAAAAUGAGGGCCUACGGUUGACGACUGUUACACUUUGAAGUUGGAAGACAUGUUUGUUGGCUCAGAGAGGUCUUCAUGUGCGGGGUCAUUUUUAAUAUAAAACAAAGAUCUGUCAGUCAUUAUCCCAAAUUGGCCGAAAUUGGACCGAAAACAUACUCUGGUCUGUAAUUCCAAAUUAGGUGCGAUUACAGGACUGUUAUUGUUCCGUUCAUCAUUUCUUAUAUUACUUUUUAAGUACUAAAAACGGCUCAUCGUAUCUUUAGUGACUUCGGGGGAAACUUGAUAAGAGAGUCAAGAUAAGGAUGCUGCCAAAAAUAACUUUGAGGUUCUAUUUUAAAAGAAGCGUGCAGAAUUAAACAAAUUUGCAAGACAAAACCCCUCAGGGGAAAUUCGAAUUUCCAUAAUUGAUCCUCCUAUUUUUUGGGAUCAAUUUCUUCGAUUGUUUACGUCAUUAAAGUAAAGAUUGUUCAUGAUUUCAGAGGAUAUCAACCGCAUCAGGAGAGAAUCGGCAUCACUGUUAUCCCCAUUUCACAUGUGCUGUGGACACGGAGAACAUCAGGAGAGUGUUCAACGACUGUCGGGACAUCAUCCAACGGAUCCAUCUGCGGCAGUACGAGCUGUUGUAA